CGACAGGGGGAGGGGCGGUGGGCUGCACGCGCAGCUAGGGAGAGCUAGAGAGCGGGCGCGCGAGGGGGGCGUGGUCCCCCUUGUUGCAGACCCGGGAGCGCGGCGAAGCCAGCCGCCCGGCCCGCUUCCAGGGCUAGGGGCUUCGCCGGCCUGCCGGCCGGGAGGAGAGCGGGGGAGCGGGGUGCACAGUGCGGAAAGGCCGUGGCCAGCCACCCCCUCCCCGGGCACGGCGGCCUGGAGUCGGCCUGGGGGCCCCUUCCAUGGAGUCCCAGCGGGCUGUGGCUGCUGCUAGUCGGAUCUGUUCCCCGCCCCCGGGACUGACGGCUGCGGCCGCGCUCGGCUGUCCGAGCUGUCCCCCGGCUCGGGGGCUGUGCUGCGGGGUUCUUCCGCCCUGCAAACCUGGCCCCACCGCGGCCCCCGGCCCUGCGGGCAACGCCGUCUACACCGUACUGGUGGACGAGUCUCUACUGAGGCGGAAGGCGGGGUCGGCCUCGGCCCCCGGGAGGCCCGGACAGCUGCAGCAGCAGGGGGCUAUCCAUUGCAGUGGCCCGGUGGGGCCGGAGGAGUUGCUUCCCGGACAGAAAGCCGAGGACCCAUGGGGCCUCGAGAGCUGGGACGAGGCUGGAGAUUGGGACCAGACUGGGCUGCUGCAAUCUGCGUACAUCCCUGUCCCCAGGCAGAGAUGCCCCCCUGGAAAGGCUGGACUGGAUGAAGUCAUGGCUGCUGCAGUCCUUACUAGCUUGUCUACUAGCCCCCUGAUUUUGGGUCCCCCCUCUGUACCCUUCAGCCCAGCAGAGUCUUGCUGCCAUCCUUGGAAGGAGUCAUCAGCUGGACCGUCCGGCAGCUAUAGCAGCAGCAACAAUAGUGGAGACUGGGGCUGGGACCCCCCCAGUGACCAAUCUUCUCCAUCCACACCCUCACCACCACUGCCCCCUGAGGCUGCCCAUUUUCUUUUUGGGGACCCCACACCCCGGAAGAGGAAGAACUCGGUGAAAGUGAUGUUCAAAUGCCUGUGGAAGAGCUGUGGGAAAGUGCUGAGCACUUCAUCUGGAAUACAGAAACACAUUCGAACUGUGCACCUGGGGCGUCGGGCAGAGCCAGAACAGAGUGAUGGUGAAGAGGAUUUCUACUACACGGAGCUGGACAUCAAUGUGGAUUCACUAACUGAUGGCCUGUCUAGCCUGACCCCCAUGUCACCCACUUCCUCAGUGCCUCCAGCCUUCCCUAGCUUGGAUCUGCCGGUCCCAGCUCCAGCUGAGACCACAGCCAUGCCCACCAUCCUGAGUCCUGUGGUUCCCACCACUCUGUGCCAUGUCCACAGUGACCAUGCCUAUCAGGGCUGUCUGACUCCAAUCCAUCCAGUUGGGAUCUCGGAUAAGGGGCUACAGCUUCCCCAGCCUACGGUCAUUAAGCCCCCUGUACCAGCCAUGCCCUCUGGCCUCAAAAACACCACAGGCAUAAGGAAGCCUCGUGGUGAAGCCAAGAAGUGCCGGAAGGUGUAUGGGAUGGAAAACCGGGACAUGUGGUGCACGGCCUGUCGCUGGAAGAAGGCCUGUCAGCGGUUCCUUGAUUGAAGCCCAGCUUAUUCCAGUCCUAGCCCCAGCCCCAUUUCUUGCACAGUUUGCACUGCAGGUGCCUUGAAAUCCCCACCCUGUCUGGGAGACUGUUCUCCUUUCUCAUGACUUGGGGGUAGCUCUUCUCCCCCCACCCCUAUGGGGUCUCCAGAAAGCUCCUCCAGCUGAGGAUAGCCGAGCAGCCUCUGCCCUCUCCUGAACUCGGCUCCCCCUGAUUUUUUUUUUAAAAAGGAAAUAAGCUAUUGUUCUCUUCCCUUCCCCUCCCACGAAAGAGCAGGUGGUUUGGAGGUGGUGCCCCCAGAGGAUUCCUUCUCUCCCCUGCCUCCUCCCCAGCCUCGUUUGCACGUGUGGGUGGGGACGUCUGUGACAACAGAAAAGUGCCUGAGGAAACCAGCAGUUUGCACUAAAACGCUGAGAGGUCGAGUCAGGCCCCCUCCACCUUCCCCCUGCCCACGCUGACUUCGGGAGGCAGCCGGAGCUGUGGCCACAGCAGGAGCCCGGCAGUCUGGGACAGUGGCCCUGCCUGCAUGUGACCGUGAUCUUCCUCUUGCUUUAGGGGCAGGAGGGGCUUCCCCUCGCCUCCGUGUGCGUGCGUGUGGUGUGUCUUGUCUCUGUGUAGUGUGUCAGACUCGCUGGUGCCUGUCCCUGCAGAAGGGAGUUUCUGGGUCCCCCAAGAACCGGCCUUCGCAAAAAUAGACUGGUUGUGGGCGGGGGUGAGGAAGACGGGUCUGUUUUUUAAAGAUUUUUACCCUUUCGCGCGGAGGGCGGGAGGCCUGGGGGAGGGGGCGGCCACACCUCUUCCCGGGCUCCGCCUCCGCCCUCCCCUGAACUUGGGGCCGGGGAUGGACGGCGCUGCUGCCUCGCGCCCACGGCCCCGGGGGUUCCAGCUGCGCUCUCCGCCCGGUUUGGGGCCUACGGCGCCGGCUCCUAGCUAACGGAGGGAGGUCCCGAGGGCCCAAUCCCCGCCUCCACGAGAGGUGCAACAUCCAAUGCACUUUGAAGGGGAUCCUGGAGAGGGCUCGCGUCUCAAACGGGGAACCUUUCCCUUAUUCCCUCCCCAUUUGGCGCUGCCGCCCCUCCGGCUGCGCCCGGCCAGGGCCCUGAGAUCGGGAAUGACAUUCCAAACUUUGCUUUCUCUGCAAACCGAUUUUCUUGAAACUUUUUCUCCUAAACUAACGACAUUAGGUCUUCACAGAGUUUGAAGGGAAAGAAAAUUGCACUGUCCGCGGAGUCCCCUCUCGCUCCCGUUCUAGGCUGGGCUGACGGGGGUGGGGUCGUGUGGACACUUUGUACCACGAAGGAGAAGCUCAGAUCUCUCGUUUUGGGCCCUCCUGGACAUAGCUGUAUCAGGGCGAGAAAAGAAAGUAAAGUGUUUUCGGUGUUUUUUUUUUUUCUUUUUCCAGAAGUCUGGGUUUCGGUUUAUAUGCACAAAACUAGGAGGGGAGUAGGGGCGUAAGUGUUUGGCUGAAGCUAGUCACGUGGGGGCGUUUGUGCCCCGCCCAGGGCCCCCAAGUCCGGGAGCUGAGCCUAGGCUUCCCUCUGGUGGUCUGUCCUGCGUUAUAGCUUGCUUGCUGCUCCGCUGCCCUGGGCCCCACUGACUGCCUAUUCCUAGGACUAUCUCGCACCCCGUAAUUGACCCAAGACGAGCCAAUGGCGGGGGACCAAGAGCUACGCUGAACGGGGGUUAUCGAUAGGGCGCCGCAUUCCUCACUGCCUCCUUUGUGGGAUACAAACCCUAAUCCUUGAAUACUGGCUAAGUGAUAACUUCCAAUUAGUGCGGGGCACUGAUGGAGCCGCGGCUCUGCUCGUCGUCAGGGGCCACCAUCAUUUCCCUAUAAACUGCUCCUUGGCCAUUAGACAACCCUGCGGUCUUACUGACUACUGAGUUUGGCAUGAAGGUAUCUGGAAACCUAAAGAAUUCAAAGGCUGGAGUUAGACAAGUCAACCUUUAAGCUCAGAAAGAAGCUUUGCAUUGAAAAUGGAAGAGAUUGACUCAUGGUCCACCACAUCCUGUAUUUAAGAAACAAAGAGGAGGAAAGAAGUGAAUGUUUUGGACACGGUCCCUUUGAAAGGCAGAACUUAAGCAAGAUUCCGGAUGAAAUUAAGAGACUAGAUUUUAGACACAACCUAGUCCCAACUCCUCAUUUUACAGAUUAGAGAAACGAAAACUGACUUACUAAAAGUCAAAAGUUGUCAGAAGUAGGAUUCAAACCCAUUUGACUGCAAAACACAGCACUCCCCUGAAUAUGAGUAUAUUUUGUUAGGUGAAUUAUGAAUGUAUAUACAGAAAUGUUAAGUUAAACCCAUAAGAGCUGAUAAGGCUAAAGAUUCAGGAUGGGAUUUUAAGGGACAUUCACGUUUAGGGUAUAGGAAGUGGAUUAUAAUUUAGAAAAGUCUGAAUUCAGAGUGAUGACAUGCGUAGGAUAAUACUAAGUAUUUCUGCCCUGGCCACUACUGUUGCCCCUGCCGCCUUAUUCCCCCCCUGCCCCAUUCUUUUCUCCCCUAGCCGCUUCAAACUUCGUUUCUUCCUCCUACCACCAGAUGGCAACUUUUCCUUUGAAAGCUCUGUUGGGAAGGAAAUUCCUCUAAAAUCAGAAAUUUGCAGACCCUUUGGCUCUACCCUGAUUUUGCGGUCCCCUUCCUCCAGUUCACUCUUGGAGAGUUAGAACAACAAUUGGUUUCUAAAAUGUCAGAGAACAAAGUCAAUGAAUGAAGCUAUGAAAUAAAUUCAGACAAGUUUUUGUUUUU